CCGGGCUUGGCAGUUUCUUCUCUGGCUCUCUGGGGGUCGCGCGUUGGCGCCGGAGCCUCAUCCCGCAGAGCUCACCUCAGAGCCCGGAGCCUUCCCCGCAGCGCUUGCCGGGAGCCCGCGCCGUUCUCCUCAGCGCGCGUCGUCCCCUCAGGGCUCACGGUUCUCCCAGUUGAGCAAAUGAGGCAGAACGGGUAGUCCCUGGGCCUCCCCCCUCCCCCUCGCCCCGAGUUUGCGACUCCUUUUUCCAAAGUCUUUUCCUGCUCUGGCUUUAGCGGGACGCUGCGAGCUGGGUCGUUUAGAUUCUUGAAGGCUCGAGAGGUUCCUCGUCGGGCCACGGACCGAAAAAUACAUUAGUUUUGAAAGCUAAGUGAAAUCGGCCACAGAAAAUCGAGAGCCUUGGUUACAGCCGACUUAUCCUGCAAAUUGGUAGAGGAACGGUGGUACCUGAACCCUUCAGUACUGAGUCAUUUACUCUGGAUGUUUACAGGUACAAGGAUUCCGUGAAAGAAGAUAUUCAGAAAGCAGAUCUCGUUAUUAGUCACGCAGGUGCAGGAAGCUGUUUGGAGACUCUGGAAAAAGGCAAGCCACUCGUGGUGGUUAUAAACGAAAAGUUGAUGAACAAUCAUCAGCUGGAACUGGCAAAACAGCUACACAAAGAGGGUCAUCUCUUCUAUUGUACCUGCAGGAUCCCGACUUGUCCUGAGCAAGCCAAGUCCAUUGCUGCUGCUCCUGAGAAGUGCCAAGAUUCUGCAGCGCUGACUUCAACUGCCUUCUCAGGCCUAGACUUUGGGCUGCUUUCCGGAUACCUGCAUAAGCAAGCUCUUGUCACUGCUGCCCAUCCUCCCUGCACCCUACUUUUUCCAUCUUGCCACACUUUUUUCCCUGUGCCUCUCACCCCAACCCUGUACAAAAUGCAUAAAGGAUGGAAAAACUACUACAGCCACAAGUCUUUGAAUGAGGCAUCAAUGGAUGAAUAUUUAGGCAGCUUGGGGCUGUUUCGAAAGCUGACUGCCAAGGAUGCCUCUUGCCUCUUUCGGGCUAUUUCGGAGCAGUUAUUUUGCAGCCAGGUCCAUCAUUUGGAAAUCAGGAAAGCUUGUGUCUCAUAUAUGAGGGAAAAUCAACAAACUUUUGAGUCUGAUGUGGAGGGAUCUUUUGAGAAAUACCUGGAACGGUUAGGAGAUCCCAAGGAAACUGCUGGCCAGCUGGAAAUAAGAGCACUUUCUCUCAUUUAUAAUCGGGAUUUCAUUCUUUAUCGCUUUCCUGGAAAACCUCCAACUUAUGUCACAGAUAAUGGCUAUGAAGACAAGAUUCUGCUCUGCUGUUCAAGUAAUGGUCACUAUGAUUCUGUGUACUCAAAACAAUUUCAGUCAAGUGCAGCUGUUUGUCAGGCUGUAUUAUAUGAAAUUCUCUAUAAAGAUGUAUUUGUUGUGGAUGAAGAAGAGUUGAAAACUGCGAUUAAAUUGUUUCGAAGUAGUUCUAAGAGGAACAGAAAUAACGCUGUGACUGGGAGUGAGGAUGCCCAUACUGUCUACAAGAGUUCAAAUCAGAAUAGAAUGGAAGAGUGGGGUGCCUGCUGCAAUGCUGAAAAUAUACCAGAGGGCUGCAAUAAAGGAACAGAAGAAACCAAGUCUCCAGAAAAUCCAUCAAAGAUGCCCUUCCCUUAUAAGGUGCUGAAAGCCCUGGAUCCAGAAAUCUAUCGUAAUGUAGAGUUUGAUGUUUGGUUGGACAGCAGAAAAGAACUUCAAAAAUCUGAUUACAUGGAGUAUGCUGGGAGACAGUACUAUUUGGGAGACAAGUGUCAGGUUUGCUUGGAAUCAGAUGGAAGAUAUUAUAAUGCUCAUAUCCAGGAAGUUGGAAAUGAGAACAAUUCAGUAACAGUCUUCAUUGAAGAACUGGCAGAAAGGCACGUUGUUCCUCUGGCUAACUUAAAACCAGUUACCCAAGUGAUACCUUUUCCUGCCUGGAAUGCUAUGCCCAGUCGUAAAGGAAGAGGUUACCAGAAAAUGCCUGGGGGAUAUAUCCCAGAAAUAGUUAUAUCAGAGAUGGAUAUGAAGCAACAGAAGAAGAUGUUCAAGAAAGUUCGAGGGAAAGAAGUGUACAUGACUAUGGCUUACGGCAAGGGAGACCCCCUCCUCCCACCCAGGCUACAGCACAGUAUGCAUUAUGGGCACGAUCCUCCAAUGCACUACUCGACAGCUGGCAGUGUUAUGUCUAAUGAACAUUUUCAUACUCAACAUCCAUCUCCAAGACAAGGUCGAGGAUAUGGGAUGCCCAGGCACAACAUGCCGGGCCCUAAAGUUGGUUUUUACCCAGGCCCAGGUAAAAGGUGCUGCCAGAACUAUGAUAACUUCUCUUACAGAUCUCGUUCAUUUAGACGUAGUCACCGCCAGAUGAGUUGUAUGAAUAAGGAGUCCCAGUAUGGAUUUGCUUCAGGGAAUGGACAAAUGCCCAGGGGCUUGCAAGAAACGAUUACUUUUUAUGAAGUUGAAGAAGGGGAUGAGACUGCUUAUCCAACUUUACCUAAUCAUGGAGGUCCCUCUACAAUGGUUCCUGCUACUUCAGGAUGCUGUGUUGGAAGGCGGGGACAUACCUCGAGCAAACAGACUUUGAAUUUAGACGAGGGCAAUGGCCAGAAUGAAAAUGGGGGAUAUCAUGAAGAAGAUCUUUAUCCUGCAGAGCCAGACUAUGAAACUUCAGGUGUUUAUAGCACAACUGCAUCUACAGCAAACUUGUCUCUUCAGGACAGAAAAUCAUGUUCUAUGUCUCCUCAGGACACAGUUGCCUCAUACAACUACCCCCAGAAGGUGAUGGGAAAUUUUGUACCAGUUGCAGCUUCCUGUGCCAAUAAUGUCCCGGCUCCAGUCUUAUCUAACUGUGCGGCAGUUAAUCAAGCUAGUAUUACUACUUCGGUUUCCUCACAGAAUGCUAUACAGCCUCUAUUUGUAUCUCCACCUACACAAGACAGGCCAGUGAUUGCCUCACCAUCCUAUCCAUGCCAUUCUCCUCCUACUCCUCAUGCUGGUACCUCUCUACCACUACCACCACCGCCACCACCGCCUCCUCCUCCUCCUCCUCCUCCUCUUGAUGUGGGAGAGGCUUCAAAUUUACCACCACCACCACCUCCAUCUUAUUCCUGUGAUCCAAGUGGCAGUGAUUUGCCUCAAGAUACAAAAGUUUUGCAGUACUAUUUCAAUCUAGGAUUGCAGUGCUAUUACCACAACUACUGGCACUCCAUGGUCUAUGUGCCACAGAUGCAGCAGCAGUUUCAUGCAGAGAAUUAUCCAGUCUAUACUGAGCCACCACCUCUGGUUGAUCAAACCGUCCCUCAAUUGUACAGUGAGGUGAAGAGAGAAAAUGGCACACAGGUAGAAGUACCAGCCAAUGGUACUUUUCCGAAUGCUGAUCCUACAUCUGUCCCUCAUGGAGCAGUCUAUUAUGCAGUAAUGGCAGAUCCCUAUGGGCAGCCACCUUUGCCAGGUUUUGACUCCUGCCUUCCGGUUGUGCCAGAUUAUUCCUGUGUUCCCCCCUGGCAUCCAGUUGGUGCAGUAUAUGGUGGUUCUUCUCAAAUUCAUGGUGCUAUAAAUCCUGGGCAAAUUGGCUAUAUUGCUCCAUCUCCUCCAACUUCUCAUUACAUACCUCAGGGUAUGUAAGAUUCAGCAGCAGUAUGAUGUAUUCUUGCACUGCCAUUUUUUUUUUUUUUUUUUUUUUUUUGCUGUUUUGGUUUUUAAAAAGCAUUUUAUGUUAGUGGUUAAAUGAUUUAGGUGGUUAGAGUGUCUACUAUUAUAUUUGUCUUUAAAAUUAUUUUAUCUUUUGAUUUAAAAUAGUACUUUAAAAUAAAAGGAUAUUAUUUUGGGCUGUGACUAGGGAAAUUGAGAUAGAUCUACAACUAGCCCCAUAUUGAGCAUACGUCAUUGUAUUCAGCUGUUUUCCUGCCAGCCAUUUGUCAACUUUAUAUUAGCUGAUAGUGCCACUUGAUAAAAUGAAUAAAUCAUUUAAAGUAUUUCCUUGGUUCAGAAAUUACAUCAUAUUAAACCAUGUAGAAUUGGAAUAACUUCUACUUUUUUCUAGAAAGUAAAACCAAGAGCCUUUGCUUUGGGAUAACUCACUUAAAGAGCUCUUCAGGUUUCUUGAGAAUUGUCUGAACCAAGUUGCAUUCUGUGGUAUCAGUUUUGAAGAUACAUGGUGCUCUGCUUUAGAUUUAUUCCAUACACUAUUGUUUAAUACCGGAUUUAUGUAAGUGUUCUACUGUACAGUAUUGGUGUCUUUUGCAGUUAGUAGUAAAUAAA